AUGGCACUUGUUGUGCUGCUAGAGGUUGCUUAUGCUCUUACAAUAGAAGGAAAACCAUAUCUUGUUGAUCUCAAAAAGCAAUCAUUUUUCUCUCCAACUGCUGCUGUUUAUUCUUAUAACAAAUAUGACAUCAAAAUUUCUGAGCCUUUGUUACAUCAGAUGGAUUGCAAUUAUAAAGGAUAUGUUGUGGGUAUUCUAAAUUCUCUUGUGACACUCAGCACAUGUUCAGGACUCAGGGGAACAGUACAAUUGGAAAACAUCUCAUAUGGAAUUGAACCACUGGAGGCAGUAUCAGGAUUUGUGCACAUGAUUUAUGAGGAAAAAAAUGAUAACACUAAUAUUCCUCUCUUAGGAGAAAAUGACACUUAUGCUUGGUUAUCAAGUCAGUAUCAAGUCAGAAAAAGGUCAGGGAGAACUGAAUUCACCAAGUUAGUCCCUCGAUAUCUUAAAAUGCAUAUUGUUGUGGAUAAAGAUCUGUUUGAUUACAUGGGCUCUGAUACAAAGACUGUAACACAGAAGAUUAUUCAGCUAAUUGGCCUUGUUAAUGCUAUGCUUACUCAGUUAAAACUGACUAUUGUAAUAUCUUCCAUUGAAAUCUGGUCAAAUGAAAACAAAAUAUCUACUACAGGGCAUCCUGAUGGUAUAUUAAAUCAAUUUUCAAAGUGGAAACAAAACUCUGACUUUAAAAUACAUGAUUUUGCAUAUUUGCUUGCCUUCAGGAAACAUCCUACCUUUAUAGGAGCCACAUUUCCUGGACAAGCUUGUGAUGAGAAUUAUGUUGCUGGAGUUGCUCUGUAUACAGAGGGUUUGUCCUUGGAGUCAUAUUCUGUCAUUAUUGUCCAGUUGCUUGGCCUUAAUCUAGGAUUAAUUUAUGACAACACUGACAUCUGUCAUUGUUCAGGAGAUGUUUGCAUAAUGACACCAAAAGCAGUGUACUCGGGGGGUGUAAAGGAUUUUAGCAUCUGUAGCUUGGAUGACUUUAAAUAUCUUGCUUCAAAUGGGGGCCUUAAAUGUCUUCAGAGCAAUAUUGUUAAUACACCAGUUUACAAACAAUUAAGGAGAAUAUGUGGCAAUGGAGUGCUGGAAUCUCCUGAAGAAUGUGAUUGUGGCACUAAAAAAAAUUGUACACAUGUAAAAUGCUGUGAUCCCUCAAAAUGUAAAUUGAAAGGUGGUUUUGCUUGUGGUUCUGGAGAAUGCUGCACACAAGACUGCAAGUUAAAAGCAGUGAAUACACUUUGUAGGGCUAAAGCUGAUGAACAAUGUGAUUUUGUGGAAUAUUGCAAUGGGAGAGACUCAUACUGUAAGGAAGACACUUAUGCUCACGAUGGAGAAUAUUGUGAUUCAGGUGGUGCCUUCUGUUAUCUUGGAAAAUGUAUAACUGUUGACAAACAGUGUUCUUUCUUAGUCAAAAAAGAGAGUAGAGGUGGUUCAUUUUCUUGUUUCGACGAAGUGAAUACCAGAGGAGACAAUUUUGGAAACUGUGUGACUGGUCAUUGUGAUUUUGGUAAUGCGCUAUGUGGAAAAUUGGUCUGUGUGUGGGAUCACAAAGAAUUAAUAGAAAUUGCAAAUUUAUCUGUGAUAUAUACACAUAUACGAGGUGAUAUAUGCGUUUCUGGAGUUCUACCCAGGCGAAUGCCAGUGCCAGAAAAUCCACCUAGAUCAUCCACGCAAUAUUAUGUCAUGGGAGAUAGAGAUGAAACAUUUGUAGCUGACGGUACCAUGUGUGGUCCUGAAAUGUAUUGUGACAAAACGCAAUGUAAACAUGUUCGAUUUCUGCGCAAAGCUCAUAUUUGUGACAAUCAUAAACAUUGUGAAAAUCAUGGAAUUUGCAAUAACUUUUUUCAUUGCCACUGUGAGAAGGGGUUUGCUCCUCCUAACUGCACAGCAAGGAAAGGAGAUUUUGGAAGUCCCGAUGAUGGACACUUGGUUCCAUGGAAGAAAAGUUAUUUGGAGAGAAGAUUUUCCAUUCCUCAAAAACAUCAGUUUCAACUCACUUUCUACAUUUCUGUACCUGUGCUUAUUAUUACUAUUGCUGUUUUAAUGACACAGAAAAAAAUAAGAGAGAUAUGCUACAGAAACAAAACUGAAAGCGAGAGUUUCUAUGCCUUUCAAGAACUGGUGGGGAAGACUCGGGACUCCCGGCAAGAUGGCGACGGGGCAACCUGGUCUGUGAAACCCGCUGCAAAGGAGAACUGCAGUGGGUCUCUGGUUCUUGCCCCAGGGGCUGCGGACCCCAAAAUCGCAGCCUGCUCUUCAUAUGGAGCUCAGCCGUUGCCACUGCUGGGGCAUCGCAGUGGACUGGACAGCCACUGCAGCACAGAUGCUGCCGCUGCAGCCGCUGCAGCCACCACUGGUAGCACAUUGCACCACCUGGGCCAGAGGCGAUCCACGACUUCAGUCCUUGAAGCCCCUUCAGGGAAGAUCUGCUGGGAUUGCUGCCACCUCUCCUGCAAGAGAGACGUCCUGCUCACC